AAGAGAUCUUCCCUCUGCUGGUUCACCCCCCAAAUGUCUGCAACUGCCUGGGUAGGGCCAGGCCUCACCCUGGGAACAGCUGUCCUGUGAGACAGCAUCAUGAUGGGAUUUCUGUAUGCGGACGGGAUUACAGGAGGCCCUAGGAGUGCUGAUGGGGUUGGAGGUCAGGGCUGGUGCAGGCACAGUGAAGGGCAAGGCAGAAGCCUUGGGGGAGGGUGGUAGUGGUGAGAACAAAGGCGUGUGCCCUGAGCUUGAGUCCCGAGCACUUCUGUGGACCAGGCCUGCUGCCGGGAACAGCCUGGCUCUCAGGACAUCCUCUCUGAGCAGUCCCAGGUCCCACGUGUGCAAUGGAGGAGCCAGGGGCUCAGUUCUCCCUACCCCAGGCUUCCUGCCCCUGCCCUGCCCUUGUGAGCUCUGAGAUCUUGGCCAAUCAGAGUAGAACACUUUCUCCGGUUCUCCACUCUGCUUCUGGAGUAUUUAAAAUAAUCUAUCUUGUGGGGAGCAACCCGGACUAGACUAAGUUACUGGAAUUAGGACUUAUUCUAUGCAUCUGCUCUCCCACAAUAUGGCGCUGGGAGAGGAGAAAACAGCUUCUACACAGCUGCCUCCAGUUCAGCCAAUAAACUGUAGGACUUACUCCUGAUUUGAGGAGAGCAGCGUACUCGGUGUGUGGGUAGCAGAGUUGGGAUUGGCGGAAGAGGACUAUAAAGGAGGAGAGAGACAACAUGCACCAGGAACAUCUAAGGGGAACAUCUAUCUGAAGGAACACCUGUGCAGCCCCCGAGAGAGCCGGCCGGCGGUGUGCCGUUCCCCCGCGGAAGUGGGGAAUGUGGCAGGGGGAACCGCCCUUCCACGGAGGUGGAAGGGUCGGUAGCCAACCCGGGGAGGGCCGAGCAGACCAAAGAACAGCGCAGGGUCCUGUGUCGUUCCUCCAUGAAGAGGGGGAGCGACACUAUCUGUCUAUUUUCCUAAUUGUCCGUCUUUGUUUCUAUUAUUUGCAUUUUCAUGGUCUCUCUUUUUUUUAAUGAUUUAUUUAUUUGAAAGAGUUACACAGAGAGAGGAGAGGCAGAGAUCUUCCAUCCGCUGGUUCACUCCCCAGAUGGCUGCAAUGGGCAGAGCUGUGCCGAUCAGGAGCCAGGAGCUUCCUCCAGGUCUUCCCACAAACCUGUGCAGUUGGCCUGUCUCAACGUCUGGAACUCCCUCCGUGAUCGUGGCUCUUUCAUAAGGAAGAAGACUAAACCACCAAGCUUGAAUCUGAGGGCAGGUGGAUCUGGUGCUGGGGACCAGUGAUUUCUGGGUCGCACCUCCUGAUAGCUGAAGGGACAGGUGCAGACACAGGUGUGUGGGGCUGUAGUUUCCUGCCCUUCAGGAGAGAGUGCUGGAAUCACCAGAUUCCCACUGUCCCUAGAAUCCCUAGAGAGCCAGACUGACCAAAGAAAGCCUUGGCAGAAUCCAUCUGUCCUCACAUAAUGGCCUCUGCAGCUUCGCUGUCUGAGCUCCAGGCACAGGCCAGCUGCCCCAUAUGCCUGGACUUCAUGAGUGACCCAGUGACCACCGAGUGUGGCCAUAACUUCUGCUGUUCCUGCAUCCAGCAGUGCUGGAAAGAUUUAGAUGCUAUCUUCCCCUGUCCCGUCUGCCAGUACCACUGCCCUGAGCGAAACCUCAAGAGUAAUACCCAGUUAUGCCAAAUGAUAGACAUUGUGACGCAGCUUCCCGCCACAGGGAGCGAGAGGAAGCCCCUGUGUGAGACGCACGGCCAGGUCCUGGACUUGUUCUGUGAGCAGGACCUGGAGCUGCUGUGUCCCCAGUGCAGGGUCUCCAGGGCCCACGAGGAUCACCACCUGGUGCCCCUUGAGGAAGCUGCAGCUCAUCACAAGAGGAUCCUGGAAACAGACAUUGAGUGGCUGCGAGAGCAAGUUAAGGAUGCUGAAAUGGACCGUGCAAUGCAAGCUCGGGAAUGUGAUGAACUGAAGAACCGGCUGAAUAACUGGAGGCAGGAGGCAAAGUCUAAAUUUGAGAAUCUUCACUACUACCUGAGAAGGGAGCGAGAGGAAGCAUACACCAGGCUGGUCUGCAAAGAACAGGGUGUUAAAGACAAGCUAAUUGAAAACAAAAGUCAGAUUUCAGACCACAUAGCCGCAGUGGAAGAUCUGUUGAGUGAAAUAGCAGAGAAGUGCCUGCAAACAGACGUGGAUUUACUGAGAGGGCUUCGGAGUAUUAAUCACAGGUACGAAGGUCUAAAAGCUCCAGAGAUCUUCUCCUUUGAGUUAAAGGAGAGGUGUUGCGUCCUGCCGCGGAGCUUUGGUUUGCAGAAAAUGAUGAGCACACUUCAGGUGAACUUGACCCUGGAUCCUGAAACCGCCCACCCAGAUCUAGUUGUCUCCGAAGAUGGAAAAAUUGUGCUGAUGGAAGAAACGAGCCCAUCUCAUCUCCCCGAUCAGUAUUUCGCUGUCCGGAGUUGUGAGAAAUUCGCUAGUGGGAGGAAGUUUUGGCAGGUACACUCGAGAGGCAGAGGGCUGUGGUCGCUGGGUGUGUGUCAGGAAUCGUUCCCCACCGAUGCCGACACAGCACCGUGCCCAGACUUCGGCUGCUGGCAAACCGAGCAGUUCAUGAGCCGGGUGGAAUUUGAAGACAGCUGGAUUGGCGUCUUUCUGGACUAUGAACUGGGAGAAAUAUCAUUCUAUAAUUUAAGUAACAAUUCCCGCUUGCAUACUUACACUGCUACGUUUACGGAAAAGGUCCAGGCUUACUUCUCAGUUCAAUCUCAAUCACUUGUUACCAUCAGGAUCAUUGAGGAGAGUUGACGAAUCAUCUAAUACAAGAUCAUUUCAUAUGUGGCCAUGCUUAUCUCUCUGUGCUCCUGGAAGUUCCUUGGAAUAAAGAUUCUGAUUCCACUUUGAUGUUUGACUGUUGAACUCUUAGCAUUCAUGUUCCUGCUCUUUCUGCCCCACUGCUGGGAAAGCUGAUGAGAAAGUCCAGGUGCUCCCCCUGUCAGUACAAGUGCGAAGAUCAAAACAAGAAGCCCCUGGUCAGGCAAGGAACCCUUGUCCCAGCCCUAACUGUAGUCACUCCCAUAGAGUCGCCUUUGCCUGCUCUCUUAGUCCCUUGUGGUCCCGCUCAGUAACCACACUGUGUACCCAAGGUUAUGUGCAGAAGAAACCAUGUCACCUCUUGGUAUAUGUGUGGCAUCCUCAGUCUCAGCUUGUUUUUCUCUAAAGUAUAUUUUCUAUUAAUUUUUUUUUAAGAUUUUAUUUAUUUGAGAGGUAGAGUUACAGUGAGAGAGAGAGAGAGGUCUUCCAUCUACUGGAAUGGCUGCAAUGGCUGGAAUGGGCCGAUUCAGAGCCAGGAGUCAAGAGGUUCUUCCAAGUUUCCCGAGCAGGGCAGGAGCCAAGCACUAGGGCCAUCCUCCACUGCUUUCCCAGGCCACAGCAGAGAGCUGGAUCGGAAGUGGAGCAGCCGGGACUAGAACCAGCGCCCAUAUGGGAUGCCGGCGCUGCAGGUGAAGGAUUAACCCACUGCACUGCAGCAUCAGGCCCUCUAAAUUAUAUUUUCUUCUCCUUCCUUCUCUUCUUCCUCCUUCCUCUUUUUUUUGCCCCUCUUUUUUCUUUUAUUUUCUCUUUUGAACAGAUCGAGGGCCUGCUCAUCAAACAGACAGCAGGAUAGCAACUGCCACCCUAUGACAUCAGUGCAAAUCCACAAAGUGCCUUAAGAGAUUAUCCCUUCUGAAGGAAGUUCUUGAACUUUGUGAUAUGGGUUCAUUUUUUGUUGAGGUAGAAAGGGAUGUUGAACCAACGGAUGGAAGAUCUCCCCCUCUCUAACUCUGACUUUCAAAUAAAUGAAUACGUCAUAAAAUAAUUUCCUGGUUCUCAGGAUACAGGGAGAAACACACUAGUCGGCCGGCGCCGCGGCUUACUUGGCUAGUCCUCCGCCUGCGGUACAGGCAUCCGAUGUGGGUGCCGGCUUCUAGUCCCAGUCGGGGCGCCACAUUCUCUCCCGGCUGCCCCUCUACCAGGCCAGCUCUCUGCUGUGGCCCAGGAGCGCAGUGGAGGAUGGCCCAAGUGCUUGGGCCCUGCACCCCAUAGGAGACCAGGAGAAGCACUUGGCUCCUGGCUUCGGAUCAGCGCGAUGCGCCUGUCGCAGCGGCCAUUGGAGGGUGAGCCAACGGAGAAAGGAAGACCUUUCUCUCUCUCACUGUCCACUCUGCUUGUCAAAGAAAAAGAAAAGAAAAACCACACACUAGGCACCCUUGGCACUGGGAAGUAUUUAUUCUAGUCAGGCUCAGCUCAGGGCUUUUAAACUAUAAAGUAACAGUUGCUACAGGGGAGAACCUAAGGCGGACAUGGACAUGGGGUAAGAAACUUACAAAAAUGAGCAGGGUUAAGGGAACAUCCCAGAAGUAUACUGGGGAGCUGCAACACACAGGAAAACUGUAUAAAAAAGGAAGAGAGAGAGACAAAGCAAUUGAAACCUGGAGGAAAAAAAAAACAGUGACAGAGAUCCAUAAUUUCACUGGAUUUGUAUGCAAAAUUUAUUAAAAGAAUGUAUACAACAAUAAAAAAGAUAGAAGUGUCAUGGGGGUGACCCUGGGCAGGCUUCGUUGAGGUUCUUGUCUCCAUGUGGACAGAAUUCAAAGAGAGACUUAGGAGGCUGGUGCUAUGGCACAGUGUGUUAAAGCCCCAGCCUUUGAUGUCAGCAUUCCAUGUGGGUGCUGGUUCAAGUCCCCGCUGCUCCACUUCCGAUCCAACUCUGCUAUUGCCUGGGAAAGCAGUGGAAGACUUGGGCCCCUGCACCUGGAUGAGAGACCUGGAAGAAGUUCCUGGCCCCUAGCUUUGGAUCGGCACAGCUCCGGCCGUUGCGGCCAUUUGGGGAGUGAACCAGCGGAUGGAAGACCUCUCUCUUUCUACCUCUCUCUGUAACUCUGUCUUUCAAACAAAUAAAAUACAUCUUAAAAAAAGAGAAGAGACUUACAUAAAAGAAGCAAGAUUUAUUUAAAGGCAAAGACAAAAAGUACACACUUAGGAAGAAGUGCAGGUAACCCUGGUAAGAGCUGCAAUCAUCAAGGUUUCGGGUAGUCUACAUUUUGGGAUGCAUGGGGGUGGAGUCUGGGGCAUUGUUUAAUUGAAUAGUCAAUGAGGGAGGGGUUUGGGGUCAGAGCCUAAGUACCACCCAUUUCCUUUGCCCCUUUUUUUGAAAACAGACGUGUCAUGGUAAAAGGUGAAUGAUUGGAGAGGGUGGGCCAGCCAUAAUUUAUAAUGACAUUGUAAUGGCAGCCACAGGCGCCCCAUCCGCAGCCGUGCUGAAUAAUUCUAGGUGGCGUGGGUUCUCAGGCUGGAAGCCCUGAGCUGCAUGGCAGGGGCUGGAUUUUGGUGGUACCUGCGUGGCUGCUGUGCCUCUUGCAAUCCUCAGCCCCUUUUGCUAGCUACCUCCCUACCCCCAGCAAAGGGCGUGACUUUUACCUUUCUAUCAUCUCGGUACUGAUUUAGCCCCAUAAUCAUGUGAGCAGAUUUCUUGAAAGAAAUCUCUUAAAAUUUACCAUAAAAGGAAUCCAGAAGCAUAUGACUGCACUGGUGAAUUAUACAAAACAUCAGAAACCAAGUAGCUAGGACUCGAACUGGCACUCUGACGUGGAAUGCCAGCAUCCCAAGCUGUAGCUUAACCAGCUGCCCUGACGUAAUUAAAAAGUAAGAAUAAUUAGAUAGCACAAGGAUGACAUACUUCCUCAGCACGGUCAUUGCUGGACUCCUCUCCUGUUAUUUAUAGAAUAUGCGAAUAGAUGCUCAUUCUCAUCCAAGGUUCACAGAGAACCACGAUUUCCUGCAUUUCACUGUUUUGAUAUUAGCUAGACUCCAAACAGGAAGCACAGGAAAGCUGGCAACUUAAGGAGUUUAAUAAGGCACUAUUUGCUAAGGAUAGGUGGACAUUAGAGAAACUCACCAAGGGGUUAAGAGUCCCUCUGAGGCCUGGGUCUCAUAAGCGGCAUUUUUUAGCACUUCCUCUUACUGUGUUAUCAGUGAUUAAUAGCACAGUACAGUGGUGUUUAGGUGUAGGGGUGACAGCUCACGCCAUGAGCAUGCGUGCCUGGCCGCCCUGUCACAGAGCAUGGUCUCUGCAGAUAUACUCAAAAGCUCAUUUUUGUUCGAGAGAGAGAAAAAUUGGUUUUGCAUAUGAAGGUACUUCAAAAACUCGAUAGGAAAUAAACCAUAAGCUUUCUUGAAUGCCAAAAAAUGUUGA